UCGUCUCACUCUCUCUAUCUUUCCUCCUCCCCAACCUACUACACAUAUCUCUCCCCAUCUCUUUUCUGGAUCCGAACUUUAUAUCUCCAGAAAAAAAAAGUUAAGAGAUGGAGACCUUCCUAUUUACCUCUGAGUCUGUCAACGAAGGACACCCAGACAAACUUUGCGACCAAGUCUCGGACGCCAUCCUCGAUGCUUGCCUAGAACAAGAUCCCGACAGCAAGGUUGCCUGCGAGACUUGCACCAAGACCAACAUGGUCAUGGUUUUCGGUGAGAUCACCACCAAGGCUACCGUUGACUACGAGAAGAUCGUCCGUGACACUUGCAGAGAAAUUGGAUUUGUAUCUGCUGAUGUUGGUCUUGAUGCCGACAACUGCAAGGUUUUGGUUAACAUUGAGCAACAGAGUCCCGACAUUGCCCAGGGUGUUCACGGACAUCUUACCAAGAAGCCAGAGGAAAUCGGUGCCGGUGAUCAAGGUCACAUGUUUGGGUAUGCUACUGACGAAACCCCCGAGCUUAUGCCGCUUACCCAUGUCCUUGCAACCAAGCUUGGUGCUAAGCUUACCGAAGUGAGGAAGAACAACACUUGCCCGUGGCUCAGGCCUGACGGUAAGACCCAAGUCACCGUUGAGUACCACAACGACAACGGUGCUAUGGUUCCUACCAGGGUUCACACCGUUCUUAUCUCCACCCAGCACGACGAAACCGUGACCAACGACCAAAUCGCUGCUGAUCUUAAGGAGCAUGUGAUCAAGCCAGUCAUCCCGGCUCAGUAUCUUGAUGACAACACCAUCUUCCACUUGAACCCAUCAGGUCGGUUUGUUAUCGGUGGUCCUCAUGGUGAUGCAGGUCUCACCGGAAGGAAGAUUAUCAUUGACACCUAUGGAGGAUGGGGAGCUCACGGUGGUGGUGCCUUCUCCGGGAAGGACCCCACCAAGGUCGACAGGAGUGGUGCUUACAUCGUUAGGCAAGCAGCCAAGAGUAUCGUUGCAUCAGGACUUGCACGCAGGUGCAUCGUCCAGGUGUCGUAUGCUAUUGGUGUGGCUGAGCCUCUAUCUGUUUUCGUUGACACAUACAAGACCGGAACAAUCCCAGACAAGGAUAUCCUUGCCCUUAUCAAGGAGAACUUUGACUUCAGGCCCGGAAUGAUGGCAAUCAACCUUGACCUCAAGAGAGGUGGCAACUUCAGGUACCAGAAGACCGCUGCUUAUGGCCAUUUCGGACGUGAUGACCCUGACUUCACCUGGGAAACCGUCAAGGUCCUCAAGCCAAAAGCCUAAAAUGUAACAGUUUCCCAAGAACGAUUCUUUUGCCCCUUGUAUCGGCCCAUGGAGAAUAAACAAGUUAUAGGCAUGCUGUUUUCCUUGAAGCCCUAAGCUGGGCAACACUUAAAAAACAUACGUUACAGGCUUUUGAUUGUUUGGUCAAAUGUUGUGUCUGUUUGUUUUUCAUUUUUAUAUUUGGUUGCUGAGAAACAUUUAGGAUUUCUAAGUUUUCGGUAUUGAUGGAGAAGCCUAUGUUAUAUGUACUCUGAACAAAUUUUAUCUACUCAAGUUUUUGAAUUA